UCAAACAAAUCCAAUAAGCACAAAUACAACGGAUCCAAAUCCUACAAAUUUAAAAAAUUCAAAAAAUUUAAAUCCGAAUCCUACGAAUAAAUUAAAUUCAUCAAGUCAACCAGAUUUAACAAAUCAAGUAAAUUUAAAUCCAAUAAAUUUCGAUUCAAAUCUUGCGAACAUUUCAAAUUCAUCAACCCGACCAGAUUUAACAAAUCAAUUAAAUAUAAAUAUUUUAAAUCAAAUGAAACGAAAAAAUUUAACAAAACCAUAUUUUAAUCCAAAUUCAUACUCGAUGCCAAGUUUAAUUAAUCCAACAAAUAUAAACAGUUCAAUGAAAUUAAUGAAUCGAACAAAUUUAAACCCGGAAAGUUUAUAUUUAAAUCCAAUAAAACCAGCAAAUGUAUUUUUAAAUCCAAUAAAACCAAUUCUAACGAUAGUCGAUGUAAGGCAUGUCAUGAGAUAUUACUUUGGCCGUCGUCGUCAAUUUGGAAAAAAACAAAAUGAUGUUCCUGAUCUCAUCAUAAUGACUAAAUGUCCUCUUUGUGCUAAUAUAACGGAUUCAAGAUUUGUCAGAU